AUGGCAAAAGCACCACUUAAACAAUUAUCUGUCAAUACAUUCGAAAGUAAUCGAAUUAUGUCGCCAAAAUCAUCGACAAAAAAGAAUGCGCCUGUCAUAAUUGAUGCACAAAUAAUAAAGAAAAAGAAUGCUGUUUGUAAACAGUUAAUGCCCAUUGAAGAAACAAAUGAUAUUCCAUCAAUUAUUCGAGCUGGUUUACGAAUGCCAACAAAUGAAUUUGACAUAUUUGUUCAAAAAACAGCACCGACGUCUUAUUGGCAAAUAAUGGCUGAACAUUAUCGAAUUAAGCUUGCAGAAGCAACACGUGAAAAUCAACAACUUCAUGAAAUUGUUGAUGGAUUAAAUAAAGAUAAUGAAAAUUUACAUGCGGUUGCUGAUCAUUGUGAAUAUUUAACUGAUAUUAUUGAAAAAUUAACUAGUGAAGAUAAUAUUGAACGUGCAAAUAAAUCAUCAGCUUGUGUACGCUUGUUUUGA